GAUGUGUGUGUGCAUGUCUGUGUGGCUGGGAGAUUGUGUCGACUGGAAAGUGUCACAAUAAAGAGUUUUUGCAACUCAGUUCUGGCCUGCCGUACUUCUGUGCUCCACCCACCCGCUCAAAGUCUUACAGUGUUGCCGAAACCCGGGAACGAGCACAGAAGAGAACAGCCCCAUGGAGUCCUCCCCCUUCGCGGACCUGAUCCACGCCCUCACCACGGGCCAACAGUGCCAGCACCAGGCGCUGGUCGCCCUCCGAAAGGAGCAAGCGCAAAGGUUCGAGGCCCUGGUGCUGGCGCAACAGGAAGAUCGUCAGGCGUUCCGGCACCUCCUCGCGUCGGCAGGGUCCACCACCUCCACCGCCGCGGGCCCUCCCCACCUCACCCUAAUGAAGAUGGGCCCGCACGACGACCCCGAGGCCUUCCUAGCACUCUUCGAGCAAGCAGCAGAGGCCUGGGGCUGGCCAGUGGAACAACGCGCGGCGCGCCUCCUCCCCCUGCUAAUGGGCGAGGCGCAGCUGGCCACGCUACAGCUCCCCGCCAACAGCCGGCUGGUCUACGCGGACCUGUGCCAGGCCGUCCUCCAGCGUGUGGGGCACACCCCAGAACAACAACGCCAGCGCUUCCGGGCUCUAUGCCUAGAGGAGGUCGGCCGCCCGUUCGCGUUUGGCCAGCAACUCCGGGAUGCUUGCCGGCGGUGGCUGAGGGCUGACAACCGCGACGCCGAGGGAAUCGUCGAUCUGGUGACACUGGAGCAGUUCAUCACCCGACCUCCCAAAGGGACCGUGGAGUGGGUCCAGUGCCAUCGCCUGGCAUUGCUGGAUCAGGCCAUCGAGUUGGCGGAGGAUCAUUUGGCGGCUGUUCCCACGGCAGGAUCGCAGAUCUCCUCUUCUCCUCUCUCCUCUCUCUCUCCCCCUCCCCUUCUGUGUCUCAUCCUUGCCCCGUUCCCCCACCGCAGAGGCGGGGGCCGGCUCCACCCCAGCUGGCCCGCCGCACCCGCGGUGCCCUCCCGUUUCCCGCUUCCGUGUCUGUCUCUCUCCCCCCUCAGGUGAGUGAGCCCCAGAGCGCCAGUGCAGAGAGAGAGCCCGGGCCGGUUUGCUGGCGCUGCACGGAGCUCGGGCACCUCCAGCAUCAGUGCUCAGCAAUGGAGGUGGGCACGGUGGUCCGGAUCCCCGACGCACCAGGAACCGCCCUCGAUUGGGCUGGAGCGUAUCGCAUACCGACGGACACGUCGGACAGAGGGCUGGGGGCUGUUCUGUCCCAGGAGAUGGAGGGGGAGGAUCGCCCCGUGCUGUACAUCAGCAGAAA